AUGCACUACAGAGACCUUUCUGUUAUAAGGUUGGGUUUUCACUUGCCCGACGAGCAACCAGUGGUUUUUAAAGACGACGAAUGUCUAGACGACGUUGCUAGAAAAGCAUCAGUUAAGGAGUCGAUGUUCUUAGGAUGGUUCAAAGCUAACAAAACUAACCCAGAAGCACGCUGUCUAACAUAUGUGAAAUUCCCAUCAAAGUUUGUUUGGAAGCCGGAUACAAGGAAGUGGUUUUUGCAAAAAUCACAUUCAGUCAUAGGAUGGAUUUUCUUUGUUCCACCAAGAUCAGGGGAAAUUUAUUACCUAAGGUUACUCCUAAAUUUUUUAAAGGGUCCUACUUGCUAUGAAGACAUCAAAACUAUCGAUGGUGCCGUCUAUUCAUCAUUUAGAGAUGCAUGUUAUGCAAUGGGAUUGUUGGAUGAUGAUAAAGAAUACAUUGAUACAAUCAAAGAAGCAAGCCAUUGGGGUUUAGGAGAGUACCUAAGGAAGCUUUUUCUUAGAUACAACAGACGCAAAUUAGUAGGAGAACAUGCUGCUUACUUACAACAGUUAACAGAUGAACAGAGGGUAGUGUACAACUCAAUAAUGGAAGCUGUGGAUAGUGGGAGAGGUGGAGUUUUUUUCCUAUAUGGAUACAGUGUUAGGUCCAAAGGACAGAUUGCUUUGAUAGUUGCAUCAAGUGGUAUCGCAUCGUUAUUACUACCAGGUGGAAGGACAGCACACUCCCGUUUUGCUAUCCUACUAAAAUUGGAUGAGUUCUCCACGUGCAACAUCAAACAGGGUAGUGCUUUGGCUGAGUUGAUAACAAAGGCUAAGAUUAUUAUAUGA